GCCUUCAAACUCUGCUCUGCAACACUGCGACGAAGUUAGACUAGUAAUAGUAAUGUCUGCAAACAGUUUCAAACUUUUAGUCAAGAAUGCAACACAGCUAGUGUUAGUUUGUAGAAAUGGGGAAAAGUAUCUCACCAGAGAUGAGAUGCAGACUCUGGCUGUCCUGGAGAACGCCAGUGUGCUGAUUGGACAUGAUGGACUAAUCAAAGCUGUUGGACCAGCAGACGUCAUUGAAACUCAGUUUGAAGGAGCAAAGAUUGACAAUGUUCUAGACGCUUCCGGCAUGUGUGUUCUCCCAGGUCUAGUUGAUGCACACACGCAUCCAGUGUGGGCCGGAGACAGAGUGCACGAGUUUGCCAUGAAGCUGGCCGGUGCCACAUAUAUGGAGGUGCAUGAAGCAGGAGGAGGAAUCCAUUUCACAGUGGCUCACACUCGCUCAGCCAGUGAACAGCAUCUGUUGGCUGCUUUAAAGAGCCGGCUGGAGCGCAUGAUGAGAGCUGGAACCACACUGGUGGAGUGUAAAAGCGGAUAUGGACUCGAGCUGGACACUGAGGUCAAGAUGCUGAGAGUGAUCAAUUCAGCAAGAAAGACGCUGCCCAUCGGGAUAUCAGCAACAUACUGUGGAGCCCACGCAGUGCCCAAAGGUAAAACUAUGGAAGAAGCCACUAAGGACAUAGUCGCAGUGCAGCUGCCCAAAAUAAAACAUCUAACUACUUCAGGUGAUCUGCAAGUGGACAACAUUGAUGUAUUUUGUGAGAAAGGUGUGUUCGAUCUCACCUCUACACGUUGCAUACUCCAAGCCGGCAAAGACAUGGGCCUUAACAUCAACUUUCAUGGCGAUGAACUCCAUCCUAUGAACUCAGCACAUCUUGGUGCAGAACUUGGCGCUUUGGCGAUCAGCCAUUUAGAGGAAGUAACAGAUGAUGGAAUUGCUGCCAUGGCAAAAUCGAAAACAUCAGCGGUUCUCCUUCCCACCACUGCAUAUAUAUUACGACUUACUCCACCACGUGCAAGAGAUAUGCUUGACGCUGGGGUCAUAGUGGCCCUGGGAAGCGACUUCAACCCCAAUGCCUACUGCUGCUCAAUGCCUAUGGUGAUGCACUUGGCCUGUGUGAUGAUGAAAAUGUCUAUGCCAGAAGUUCUGGCCGCAAGCACUAUAAAUGCAGCCUACGCUCUCAACCGCUCACAAACACAUGGCUCGCUUGAAGUCGGGAAACAUGGAGACCUUGUGAUCGUCAAUGCACCACGGUGGGAACAUCUGGUCUACCAGUUCGGGGGUCAUCAGGAACUCAUCAGAUAUGUCAUAAUCAAAGGCGAUUUUGUUUAUGAAAAUGACAAAGUCUUGAAUCUUUGAACAUCCCACAAUGAAUAAACAAGAUUGAUCAUGUGGUAAAA